AUGAUCAGCCUUGACAAUAUUGAUUUCUACCACCAUCCCCCUCCUCCCAAACCCCCCGCGCACACUUCGUCCUCUUCCGGCUGGAAGUCAUACCAUGUACCCUCUGCUCCCCAGUCCAUUCCAUUUUCAUAUCCCCUUUCACAUCCUCUUCCCCCCAAGCCUCCUACCGCUAUAACGGCGGUCACAACUUCCACGGUCAAAGGCCCCUUCCAAUGCGCUGUCCCUCGCAAUAUAUUUGAUAUUGAGCUUGAGAAUGUCUCAACUCGAGAAAACAGCCCCGUUGUGAGAGACACGGACUUGGAGGCGGACCAUGAAAGUGGGUCCCAAGCCGGAAAUGGUCUUGGUGAUCGAUGCGAGGAUGCUUCUCCUAGUCUUGUAGCUAGUUCAAUGACGUCGGAGCUCCCAGUUAUACCAGCCGGCACCGAUGACUGCGAGGGAGGAGGGAAUCUAUUGGUUACCCGAAGAAGGGCCUUGCGAGACCAGCUAGAUACAUGGCCACAGUCACCAGGUGAUGCUCUCUGCUCUGGUCCGAUCGCCACAGGCGCAGAAGCAGACUCGGGCUACUCAAGUGGACAAUCUUUUAGCGCAGUCGAUAAUUUACCGGGUGGCUCAGACUGUCUCCCAUUGUCCUUAUCUUGGUGCGACGCCGAAAAGCAGACAACAACGAUAGACGGUGCUCCAAAGCAUCGCAACUCUCAGCUACGUUCUCCAGCCUUUUCGUACCAUGCGUCACCUGAGAGCCAGUGUCGCGCUCGACCUGGUCAACACCAUGGAAUCCCGUUUGAGGACUCACCGUCCGAGGCAGCAUGCUGUGGAGAGCAGACGAGAGCCUUGACGGUUAGUGCGUCUAAUUCGCCAACCGCCACGCCCAGUAUUGCCUCAAGCAGAAACACCAGUACUGGCUGUGAAGAUAACAUCUGUGUCCUCCCUAGCCUGAACUUGCAACCACAACGUAAGGGAAAGCAACCGAGGUCAAACUCGCCUCCCCGCCGUGUACUUCGCUCUCGAGUGAAUACAGAACGCAACCGGCGCGAUUGGCCACGUUCUGUUGCUGUGGUCAUCCCAGUCCGUCGAUCGGCCAGCUCGAUGGCAGGAACUUCCAGGGACUCCCUUGUGCAGCCGUCACACCGUUUUCACCAAGCCAGUGCGAGUUGCGAUAGCGAAGAAGACCAGCCAACAGACAGCUUCACCGGAAACUAUUCUCUGCUCACAAGAAAAGCUGCCGCUGAUGGCGGAGAACACCCGCGAAAAAGGCGUCGGCGGGAACUAGCCUCAAAGACUGCUCAGGACACCUCGGUUUCCGCUCGCUGUCUCUCCGAUGGCUGCAUAGCCGCACAUGAAGACCCAUCUGGCGUUGACUUUCUCACUAGUCCUGGUGAGGCUCAGGAGAUUUUCGGCCGCGGCAUCAUCCGUAUUCAACCGCACGGUCAGCGGCACGCAUACUUCCUUACAUUCCUUCCAGAUGCCGUUGAUCGUCUGCCGUCUCACGUCCAACCCCGGUCGGCCCCCGACCGGCCAGUAUGCACCAAACGUGCUCCCCACCCCUCGUCAAAAGCACGUGCAGUCGAGAAAGGAAACGUGCAAUUAGCCCCCCGCCAGACCCAGAAUCCUAGGAAAAGGAAGCCAUGGCUACCAGAGGAAGAGGAACUCUUGGUAGAGUUAAGAAGGAAUCGGGGGCUUCCUUGGUCAACUGUAACAAGAUUGUUCUCGGACCAAUAUCCGGGAAGAAGUCAAGGUUCUAUUCAGGUAUAUUGGAGCACAAAUCACAAGAGGCUACUAUAA